CACCAGACCACGAAGAGUUAUUAGCUCAAUACAUCCUUAACCUACGAAAUGAACGGAUGGAAGUGAUCAGCUUUAAGCUUCAGAUGCUUUACUACUAGGGAUAGAGCUGCCUGUCUGCAUUGGAUGGGAGAUGAUGUAGAUACCAGCGUUUUGGAGAAACAUCCUGCCUGCAUCUUCAGGGUAGACGAUGGAGACAUGUUUCUGUGAAAGAGUGCCUUCUAGAAUUUGCCGCAGUUAGCCAGAUUAAAGGGCGAGGGGUCUCAUAUUAUCAUGACUGUUGAGCUACACCCGUGGGAGGCCGGCUGAAGGCAGAACCAGAAUGAUUGAGAGUGUGUCUCGACGCGCAUUCAGUGGUUCAAGUGGCACGUACAAUGUUCGGGCAUCAGAAUUGGCACGGGAUCGACGACUUAAAACCUUAUGUGCUACUGUGGUUUUCUUGGAUGAUACUCAACACUGUUUUCAGAUAGAGAAACGUGCAAAAGGUCAUAUUUUGUUGGAACUGGUGUAUCAGCAUCUUGAACUGGUUGAAAAGGAUUACUUUGGUCUUCAGUUUUCUGACAAUGGAAUGCCUCCCACAACAGCAAACUGUGAUGUUAUGCGGUGGGUUGAUCCAUCAAAGCCAGUGAAGAAGCAGCUUCGAGGUGGUAAUUUCUAUUUCCGAGUGAAAUUCUAUGUGUCAGAUCCAAGCAAGCUUCAGGAGGAGUAUACUCGUUAUCAUUUCUACCUGCAGAUUCGUAGGGACAUCUUGCAGGGGCGUUUACAGUUACCAGCAAGUACAGCUUGCCUCCUCGCCAGCUAUACCGUGCAAUCUGAACUUGGUGAUUACCAUAUUGAAGAGCAUGGACCUGGAUACUUGUCCAGUCUCCAGCUCAUGCCUGGGCAGACAGAAGAAAUGGAGAAGAAAAUAGCAGAGCUUCAUAAACUUCAUAAAGGACAAACACCGGCAGAUGCAGAGUUUAACUUCCUGGACCAUGCAAAGCGUCUUGAUAUGUAUGGGGUCGACCUGCACCGUGCUAGGGAUACAGCAAACAAGGACAUACACCUUGGUGUGACAUCAGUGGGUUUAGUGGUAUUUCAGAAUAAUGUUCGCAUCAACACGUUUUCUUGGUCCAAGAUAGUCAAAAUCUCAUUCAAGAGGAAACAGUUCUUCAUUCAGCUUCGCAGGGAACCGUCUGAGAGUUAUGACACUCUACUUGGAUUCAACAUGAUGACAUACCGAUCAUCAAAGAAUCUGUGGAAGUCGUGCGUAGAACAUCACACAUUCUUCCGUCUUCACUCUCCGCAAAUUCAGGGUCGUCGAUUCCCACUCAGACUUGGUUCAAAGUUUCACUACUCAGGACGCACAGAGUUUCAGACUGUGGAAGAUGGCCGACAGCGGGCACGGCUGCAGAGGCAUUUUGUAAGGUCGCCUAGUAAGAGACUGGUGCGUCAAACUGUGCCACCUCCCGUGGAGGAGAAAGCUAAGCACGUGCCACCUCCUGCCCGUCCACCUCGUCCGUAUGAUAACAAAGUAACAUCCCUGGGAGCCAGAGAGCCUCGGAGAGCCUGGGGAGAAGCCGCGCAUCCUUCUGAUGAUGAGGGUGGAUUUCUUGAUCGAGGUGAGGAGCUGCCGGCAUUUUCACCUGUGAUGCCGGUCCGUGCUCCUCCAUUUGCUGAUGAAGAGGUGGAGCCAGAGCCUGAGAGAGCCACCAGUCCUUUGUUUGCCAUUGCUCCAUACACAGAGGCACAGGCUGCAGAAGAAGGAUUGGUCCUUAUCCGGAUUGCUCCGGAUGAACAAGGACGCUUUGGAUUUAAUGUGAAGGGUGGUUCAGAUCUGAAUAUGCCAAUUCUGGUGUCAAGAGUUGCCUCUAAUACACCUGCAGAUCGCUGCUACCCAAAAUUGAAUGUGGGUGAUCAAGUGCUCUUCAUAAAUAAUCACGACAUCUCUGGCAUGAUGCACGAGCAGGUUGUAAACCUGAUUCGAGCAUCCAGGGAUUCUCCAUCGGGCGAGCUGGUACUUAUGGUAAAACCCAGUGCUGUGUAUGAAGCCCAUGAAGAAGAAGAGGAGCCACCGUUUCAGUAUUUUCCUGAUUUACCCCAUUUGACAACAGUAGCUGAUCAGGCAGAUGCCUUGGCAGAGUCCAUGUUGCUUUUAGCUGAUGGUCUGGCUAGUGGAGCAGUAGUCGCACAGUUUGAACAGCUGUAUCGUAAGAAACCGGGCCUGCCAACAGAUGAAGCCAAGAAGAAUGAAAAUCAAAACAAGAAUAGAUAUCGAGACAUUUCACCAUAUGAUGUAACAAGAGUUAUUCUUAUGGGUGGAACAUCAGGAGACUAUAUUAAUGCCAAUUAUGUCAACAUGGAAAUUCCUAGUUCAGGCAUCAUAAACAGAUAUAUUGCAACCCAAGGUCCACUUCCAAACACGGUUUCAGACUUCUGGCAAAUGGUUGUAGAAGCACAGAGCACUCUGGUAGUGAUGGUGACACCCCUUGUUGAGCGAGGACGUACAAAAUGUCAUCAGUACUGGCCUGCUUUGUUGCAGACCUUAGAGUUGGGUCACUUGCAUGUUACUUGCACAAAGGAGCAGAUAGAAGCAACAGGCAGCUUCGUGUUCAGAGAGUUUCGACUAACAAAUUUGGAGUUUUACCUCCCUUCUGUUGCAGAACGAAGACACAUAAGCCACAUGCAGUACCUAGCUUGGCCUGACCACGGUGUACCGGAUGACUCUGUACAGUUCCUAGAGUUCACAGAGAGGGUUCGGAAAGCAAGAGUUGGCAUGGUGGAGCCAACGAUAGUCCACUGUUCAGCUGGUAUUGGACGUACUGGAGUGCUCAUACUCAUGGAGACUGCCAUGUGUCUUAUAGAAGCCAACGAACCUGUAUACCCUCUUGACAUAGUAAGAUCAAUGCGAGAUCAGAGAUCCAUGAUGAUACAAACAGCUAGCCAGUACCGCUUUGUGUGUGAGAGUGUUCACAGAGCGUACAGUGAAGGAAUUGUGAAGCCACUGCCAGAGUUCCACAGAUGAGAAAGGAAUAUGUACUAGGAGACUAUUACAGCUAAUUACGUCUAACAUAGGAGAAACUUGUCGUCUGAGCCCAUAUUUUCUGCUUAUGGGAAUUUUGGUGCUUUCUGGCUACAGUUACGUACAUUUUCUUUUUUUAUCAGCAGCUCUUGCCGUUGCUGCUAUUUGUGAUGAACUUUAACAUUUUUACUGUUUGAAUGCAGAAAAUUAUGAAACACCAAAACCCUUACGUCUCCUGCCAAAGGUUCUUCAUUUUAUUACAUGAAUAAAAUUCAGAGUUAAAUUAGUCAUUAGUAAUAUUCAACAUGACAUUUGACAUAUGAAAUAUUUAUAUGGAUUUUCCCUGUCACUACAUAUGAAAUGUGUAAUUUUCUAGAUCAUUGUAAGAUGAAGUGUGCUGUCACAUUUUUUGUUUGAAUCAUGCCUUAACAUGAUUAUAAAUUAAUAUCAUGAUGCAACCAACAUUGCCAUUUUGAAAACAGAGGCCUUAAUUCACAGUUGUAACUAUCAAAGACUUUUGUAACUUGCAUCUUUGUUUUGUGAUACUUUUUCAUUGGAUGUUUCAUACCGUGCUUCUGAUUGAAGUAUUUACACUUUUAAGGACAUAAAUCCUCUGAUUUAAUAAAAUAAUCGUAAUUUUUAUACAGUAAAAUUAAACCUGUUCACGUAGGAUACUGUUACAGGGCCACUAAGUUUCAAGCAGUGUUAAUCUGUGAAGUACAUGAUGAUGAACAGCAUUGUAUAAUGUCCUUUCAUCGUUUAUCCAAUACAGAAGUUAUAAUGUUCAUGACAUAGUGAAACACUUCAUGAUUGGCGGAUAUCAUUUUAUCAACUUUACGGUAUUGGUUACGUUCUGUGAUACAUUUUAGAUUCUGAUUUUAUUCCUCAGCAAAUAUUGGUGCAUGAUUUCUAAGUAAUGUGAAAGAUACAAAGCUUUGUGUUGGUUAGGUGGAGGCCUUAAGAAAUUCAAAGGACAGAUUAAUUGAGUGAUACUCACACUAUUGACAUUUUUCUGUCAAGUCUAUUCUUUAUAUUAGAAUUGGAUUAUUUUUAAAUCAUGGUUUGAAUGAUUGUAUCAUCAUACAUGAUAUUUCUGCAGGAUGAAGUUUUCUCAUACGUGAGAUGUAGAUGCUGAACAUUAUAGGUUAAGUAGUCGUGUGAUGUGUUCAGUAUGUUUGCAGUAUAUGUUCAUACAUAACUGUUAUACUGCAGAAGUGGAACAUGUUUCUAUGAACGUAACACCAUGUUGUGUUUUAACAUUUUAGGUCAGUGCAGGAUACUUAUGUUCCAUUGAGUAGUGAAUAUUUUGGCAAAAUGGGAAUAUGUUGUCCCACUAUGUCAUGAUAUAACAAUUUUAUGCAUUCAGACAAACAGCAUCUUGUGUCUAAAUUUCUUCUAAUGCUUUAUAGACUGCCAGAAAUUAAUUUAUAAUUGAAACAUCUACUGCAAUAGGGAUUUUCUUACAAACAUAUUCCUCACUAGUGUGAAGACUAACUCUUAAGUUGUAGUCAAUGGCAGAAAUCAGAACUAAUCGCGAACACAAGCAGAACGUAAUCACCUCCCUGCCAGUUCAUGUAAGUUGCUUACAUUAAAUUAGUAAACAUGUUAUUUGGGACAUAUUUUUUGUCAUGAGGAUGACACAUUAGCACUGAAACAUGGAGCCAAGUGAGAUUAUAUUUCUAUGUGAAAAAGUGAAAAAAUUGCUUAAAUAAUAGUUCUUGGAUAGGGUUCACAAAUUAGUGUGCCUGUAGAUGCAUGUGACUCACAAUACUGAUUCAUUGUAUGUAAAUCAUCGUGUCAUGUUGUACGGUGCUAAGUAACCGUGACAGUAGAUCUAAGUAGCAUCAUUAAGUAACUUAGAAACCAAAUUUAAACAGAGGAGUUAAUUUGAAAUAAUUGCUCAUUAUAGUUUUAAAAUUCUUGUUCUUCAUUCACAUGCUUUAUUUUAAUGUUGAUUGUAAUAAGAGCUUUAUUUAAUAUACAUGCUUACCAAAAA